AAAAAUGUUUUCUUAAAUAGUUGUACAAGAUCUCGAGGCUGUACUGGAUAAAUUGGAGAAACGCGUGACAAGUCUCGAACAGCGCAUCCCUUACAUAGCGAUUUGUCCUGCGAAACCCGAGAGUGUCGAAGAACAAAUGCCAGAAAAGGAUGAAGAUGACGAAGAUGUUGAUUUGUUUGGUUCAGAUUCAGAGGGAGAUGAUGCAGAGGCCGCUAAGAUUAGGGAAGAACGACUCGCUGCGUAUACUGCUAAGAAAUCCAAAAAACCAGCUUUAAUAGCUAAAUCGAACAUUAUCCUAGACGUGAAACCAUGGGACGACGAGACGGACAUGAAAGAAAUGGAAAGCGAAGUGCGAAAAAUCGAAACCGACGGUUUGCUUUGGGGUGCAUCUAAACUGGUGCCACUCGCUUUCGGAAUUCACAAGCUGCAGAUUUCGUGUGUCGUAGAAGAUGACAAAGUAUCGGUCGAUUGGUUAAUAGAGAAAAUACAAGAAAUCGAAAAUUACGUGCAAAGCGUCGAUAUCGCAGCUUUUAACAAAGUGUAAACAAACGAAGUGAGCUGUAUCAUAGAAAACGCACGUGGCAACGUAGUCAAAAAUAAUAUAAUUCGUGUGCCAUUUUGCAUUCCAUUAGCUAAUAUCUGUAAUCGUAAAUAAUGUGUGCAUCUUAUCCCUAUUCAGAAUCGAAAAGUAAAAAUACUUAAUAUUCAACACAACAAACUUGAAUGUAAACUAAAGAAGUUUUAUUGUAAAUUUUUAUGGCAUUAAGGUUCCUGAUCUCUUGUUUAUAAUAAUAUCUGAACUCUUAUUUAAUAAUAUCAGAAAUCUUGUUUAAUAAUCACAAGUGAGAAAAACACCAAAAUUCCAAAUGACCAAAAUUCUUAAGUACUAUUUUUUAAUAAAAAGCUAUUUGUAUGAAACACUUCAGAUUGCUUGAACAUUCUUAUAUUCCGAAAACUAUCCUUUUCCCUUGAUGGUCAACAAAUAACUAGAGAAUAACAAAUAGAAUGAGAACUGUAGAACGCGAUAUGCAAUCUCUUCUUUUAAUUUACAUUUUCUUAUAACUUUGUCACGUUAAUUUUACAACCAUUUAUUAAUUGUUAAAGAGAGAAAAAUAGUUUUUGAACUAUUUUACAAAUAUGUUCAAGAGAUCUAAAGUGUUUUUUUUUUUUAAUUUUUUAAAUAUCUUUAUAUUUGAAAACGUAAGAAUUUUUUUAGCGUAUCAUUUUAUACCUCUAAUGUCACGAUCCAACAUAAUCGCGAUUAGUACUCUGGAACCUUAAGUACCAUGAUUUAAGUUUUUAUUUAAAGUAAUUUAAAUCUUACUUUUUCUCUAAAUUAUACAUUCUUUAUCAGAUUUUAUAGCGGAUAGAUAAAAAUAAAACUCAAAAUUUUAA